GUGGAAUCCAUCGCCGUGGAUAAAAGGUUGAAGGCUCUAGGCCUUGCUGAAGGAAGACAUGCUGCAGCUGUUCAUGAGCAAAAGGGAAAUGCUGCAAGAAGAGCAGGAGUUGAUUCUGAGUGUUGACCAGAAGGACAUUAAAGAAGAACAAGAGAAAAUCUGGCCAAGUCCAGAGGGACAGCAGCUUCACUGGCUGGAGGACGCAGAUAUCACUGAGUUGCCUUUCACUGCGGUUCCUGUGAAGAUUGAAAAUGAAGACCAUACGCAAACCUUACUUGCUCAUCAAACGGAAAUGGAGGAGAACACAGAAUCUGAGCCUCUGGCCAGCAGCUCAACUGCACACAGAACUCUGACAGUAGACGAUGAUGAAGAGGACUAUAGAGGACCACAGUCUGCCAGCAUUUGGGGCCCAUAUCGUUAUUUACAGCCAGAUACUAAUGGUGGAAUUUCAGACAGUUCUGAAGCUGAAACUGACGAUAGUUAUGAAUGGGAACCAGGCACAGAACAUUGGUCAGGUUUAAACUGUGAGGAAAAGAUUGAAAGCAUGACUAACACAGCAAGGAAACAGUUUCAUUGCUCUAAAUGUGGAGAAGCAUUUCGUCAUGUGAACUAUGCAGAGCAACAAAAUAGAAUUCAAGAAAGUGAAAAAUUCUUUAGCUGUGCAGAGUGUGAUAAAAGGUGGAGACAAAAAGGCAGUCUGACCACACAAGCAGGAAGUCAUACAGGAGAGAAAAUGUUUGUCUGCUCUGAAUGUGGUAAACAUUUGGGCUAAAGGGCAA